AUGAUAACCACAUAUUUACUGUACCCUGUAAUCAUCAAGCGCUUGAACUCUUUUGGGGAAUGGAUGCCCUGCCACCCCAUCAAACCGAUAGUAGUAGAUGUUGCUGGUUUCUAUUAUACAGGUGUAAAUGAUAAAGUCUUAUGUGCUUUUUGCGGUGUUGUUUAUAAUAAAUGGAUUGCAGAUGACAUACCGUUAGAUAAACAUAAAGACGAUUGUUGUUUUCUGACUGCCUAUAAACAAGCUCAAAAACUGUGGACUGUCGAAGAACGUCUAAAAACUUUUACAAAUAGGAAUAUUUCUGCUAAAAAACACGCAGAAGCUGGUUUUUUUUAUGAAAAUGGUAAGACUUAUUAUAUAACGAAUAAAGACAUUACUUUGAUCAGUGUUCGAUUAGCAACAUUUCACAACAACGUUACUGGUUCGCGUACUCCUCUACGUACUUAUAGUGAAAUCAGAGCAGCUACAUGCAAUUUUAUAUAUACAGGCCCAUUUAAACGAACUAUAACUACAGAUCUUUGUAUUAUCAUUGAUAUCUUCAAAAAUGUGGAAACACAAGACACUGAGGUAAACAGAGAAGCGAAUGUGGAAACACAAGACACUGAGUUUAUUUCCGGUUCCAGUUCUGGUUCAACUUCGGGUUCUGAUAACGGUUCCGAUUCCGGUUCCGAUUCUGGUUCCGGUUCCGGUUCCGAUUCCGAUUUCGGUUCCAAUUCAAUUUCUGGUUCAACUUCGGGUUCUGAUAACGGUUCCGAUUCCGGUUCCGAUUCUGGUUCCGGUUCCGGUUCCGAUUCCGAUUUCGGUUCCAAUUCAAUUUCUGGUUCAACUUCGGGUUCUGAUAACGGUUCCGAUUCCGGUUCCGAUUCUGGUUCCGGUUCCGGUUCCGAUUCCGAUUUCGGUUCCAAUUCAAUUUCUGGUUCAACUUCGGGUUCUGAUAACGGUUCCGAUUCCGGUUCCGAUUCUGGUUCCGGUUCCGGUUCCGAUUCCGAUUUCGGUUCCAAUUCAAUUUCUGGUUCAACAUCGGGUUCCGAUACCGGUUCCGAUUUUGGUUCCGAUUCCGGUUCCGAUUCCGGUUCCGAUUCUAGUUCCGGUUCCGGUUCCGAUUCCGAUUUCGGUUCCGAUUCAAUUUAA